UGAGAAUGACCCCUUGAAAAGCAUUAACUUCCCACCUUCUAUCACAUGCACCUUUCAUGUGUCACUGCCCAACACUUCUAUAUAACACCUCUCCCCUCCCCUCUCUCUUCAAACUACUUCAAUAUUCUCUCAUUACAACAAACAAAAUACUACUACUACUACUACUCAUAUUCAAAAAAAAAAAAAAAAAAAAACCAAAGUUCAAAUUCAAAUUAGAAAGAAAAAACUUGUGAACAGCAAAAAUGUUUAGUUUCUCAGAAAACGAUUUCUUUGCCCGGAGAUGUGUUUGGGUAAAUGGCCCCGUUAUUGUUGGUGCCGGUCCAUCAGGACUAGCUGUGGGAGCUUGUUUGAAAGAACAAGGAGUACCUUGUGGUAUCUUGGAAAGAGCUGAUUGUAUUGCUUCUUUGUGGCAAAAAAGAACGUAUGAUCGGUUGAAACUUCACCUACCUAAGCAAUUCUGUCAAUUGCCCAAAUUCCCAUUUCCAGAAUACUACCCUGAAUACCCAACUAAGAGACAAUUCAUUGAAUAUCUUGAAUCAUAUGCCAAGCACUUUGACAUUAGCCCACAGUUCAAUGAAUGUGUGCAAUCUGCUAAGUACGACGAGGCUUGUCGAUUGUGGAGGGUGAAAACUGUUUCAGCUGAUGGCUCUGAAGUUGAGUACAUUUGCCAGUGGCUUGUUGUUGCCACUGGUGAGAAUGCUGAGAAAGUUGUGCCUGAAAUUGAUGGGCUAAAAAAAUUUGGUGGUGAAGUGAUUCAUGCUUGUGACUAUAAGUCUGGUGAGAAAUUCAGGGGAAAGAAAGUUCUUGUUGGUUGUGGAAAUUCUGGCAUGGAAGUGUCACUUGAUCUUUUCAACCAUGAUGCUCAACCAUCAAUGGUUUGUCGUAGCUCGGUUCAUGUUUUGCCAAGAGAGAUAUUUGGGAAAUCAACUUUCGAGUUGGCUAUGUUGUUGAUGGCAUGGCUGCCACUUUGGAUAGUUGACAAGAUUUUACUCACUUUGACAGGGUUCAUUCUUGGAAACAUUGAGAAAUAUGGACUAAAAAGACCAUCAAUUGGACCAUUACAACUCAAGAACACUCAAGGAAAAACCCCUGUUCUUGACAUUGGUGCUUUGGAAAAAAUCAGAUCCGGAAAAGUUAAGGUUAUCCCUGGACUCAAAAAGUUUUCAUGUGGCACUGUUGAACUUGUCACUGGUGAAAUACUUGAAGUUGAUUGAGUUGUUCUUGCUACUGGCUACUGCAGCAAUGUUCCAUACUGGCUACAGGAAAGUGAAUUUUUCUCCAAGAAUGGGUACCCAAAAGCACAAUUUCCUAACAACUGGAAGGGAAAAUCCGGGCUAUAUGCAGUUGGAUUCACAAAGAGAGGGCUGGCUGGUGCUUCUGCUGAUGCUAUUAGAAUUGCUAAAGAUAUUGGCAAAGUCCACAAAGAAGAUCUCAAGCAAAAGAAGCAAAAAGUUCCAACACACAGACGUUGCAUCUCAACCUUCUAAGUAAUUAAUUAAUUCAUCAAGUGAAAGACAAAGAAAAAUUAAAUUAAUUUCCCUUCUUUUUUUCUUUUUAACCCACGGGAAUAUUAAUUAACAUAAAGAGGAGAGGUAAAAUAAUUGUGUAAAAAGAAAACAUAUACAAAAAGCCAGAAGAUAGCCAUAGGUUUCAGCCCUCUCCAAAAAGGCCCAGGUUUUGCUACAGUUUGGGCAUUUUGUAUCAAGGAUGUAGAGGCGAUUUAGUUCCUCUUUUUUCUUUUAUUUUGUAUUUGCUAUUUCAUACAUACUUGUACAAUCAUUA